GACAGCCAGUGCCCAGGAAGUCGUCGUGUUACUUUGCUUUCUCCUCCUCCAGUCUCGUGAGGAGCCAGAGAAAGUGAAGAGGACCGAAGUUGCGUUCAGCGGCGAAACUUGCAGCGGAGCCGAGGUCGAGCGGCUCCAGGCGUCCAACUCCGCCGGUCGUCACCGGAACCGGGGAGGAAGAGAGCGCACAGACGGAAAGAGGCGGCCGCAUUGCGAGGACGUGGUUGAAAGUUGAGGACCUGCUGAACUCACUCUACUGCGUCAUGUCGUCUCCUGCCUUCGCUGACACUGUGAUGUGUCAUUGUAUCUGUAGGAACGGCACAGUGAUCUGAGGGGGUCUGUGACAGCACACGGGCGACGUUUCCCGUAUCCCGUUCUCAUUGCCUGAAACAGGACGGCCCUCGCUCGGACCCUGUCUUCCUGUGCCCCCUCCUUCCUGUUGGCCAUGCUCCGCAAGAGAGGCUCCCUCAUCCUUUUGGGGGCGUUCCUGUUUGUCACCUGGAACGCCAUCCUGCUCCUGCUGUGGGGCAGAGUCACGCCCGGAGAUCAGGGCGACCUGGUGGCUGGACCCACUCAUGAAAUGAUGAAAGACAUGCUCCAUUUGGCCGACACAAUCGAAGUAGAGCUUGAGAUACAGAAAAAUAUCUUGAUCCAGAUAAAGAAUCACACGUCCCUGAAGGAGGCGUCCAACAAAAACAGAGCAAAGGUGUUGGCGCCCCCCCAGCCCGUCCUUCCUAUCCUGGUUAUCGCCUGUAACAGGGUCACUGUGAGGCGCUGCCUGGACAACUUACUGCAGCACCGGCCCUCGGCAGAGCUUUACCCAAUCAUAGUGAGUCAGGACUGUGGACACGCCGAGACUGCUGAGGUCAUCAGUUCGUACGGGAGCCGAGUGACCCAUCUGAAACAGCCCGAUCUGUCGGAGAUCGCCGUUCGGCCAGAGCACAAGAAGUUUCAGGGUUACUACAAGAUCUCGCGGCAUUAUCACUGGGCCCUGAACCAAGUGUUCAGAACCCUGCUUCAUUCCUCCGUAGUGAUCGUAGAGGACGAUCUGGAGGUGGCGCCAGACUUCUUUGAGUACUUCGGAGCCCUGCUGCCGCUCCUGAAGUCCGACCCUACCUUGUGGUGUGUGUCGGCCUGGAAUGACAACGGCAGGGACGGCUACGUGGAUCCCGGCAGAGCCGACCUGCUUUACCGGACAGACUUCUUCCCGGGUCUGGGAUGGAUGCUCCUCAGGGAGGUGUGGGAGGAGCUGGAGCCAAAGUGGCCGGCGUCAUUCUGGGACGACUGGAUGCGUCAUCCCGAGCAGCGCCGCGGCCGGGCCUGCAUCCGCCCUGAGAUCUCACGGACUUUGACUUUUGGCCGGCAAGGUGUGAGCCUGGGUCAGUUUUAUGACAAGUACCUGCGUUACAUUAAACUCAACACUGAAUUUGUGCCUUUCAAUAAGUUAGACCUGAGUUACUUGAAGGAGGAGACAUACAGAGAAAACUUUCAAAAAGAAGUUUACGGUGCUCGUCUCGUUACAUAUGAGAAUGUAGCGCAGGGGCAGCUCCAAGGAACCGGGCCAUUCCGCCUCCAGUACUCGAGCAAGGACAGCUUCAAAAUACUGUCCAAAAACCUGGGAAUCAUGGAUGACUUGAAGUCCGGAGUCCCAAGGACGGGCUAUAGGGGGAUAGUCAGUUUCUUCUCACGAGGAAAAAGAAUCUACUUAGCCCCUCCUCCAGGAUGGACGCAGUACGAUCCCACCUGGAGCUGAUCCAGUAGAAAGUUGAUGCAGUGGUGUUUUUGGGAAAUCUUAAAUGUCGUUCUAGACCAAAGACCACAAAGGUUCACUUUGAAUGUUAUAAACUACUUUAUUAUCCUUGAUAAGGAUGAUGGUUCUACUUUUUGGCAUAGGAGUCAUUGCCAAUGCUUCUCAGGUCUUUCUCAUUAUUCCAAAACAUUUUUCUUUUUUGUAGCAAAGAGCCUAAACAGUUUGUUAAACAAAUCUGCUGCUGAUUUAUUUUUACGAUAUGCCACUUAUGCGCAUGACAUUCACUGCAAUUCCCUAGUUUGGCACUUUUGUUUAAGUUGUUUGCAGUUUGUGGAAGCCUAAAUGAACUGCAAAUGUAAAAUCAGAAUCUGUGUAUGUUUCUUAUGGUGUCAGUUACUGGGCGCGAUGGCAAUAUAAUCUGUUAUGCCAUUUCAUUUAUUUUGGCAUUCUUUGAAAAUCAAUUGUUGCUGUUUCCAUUUUAAUGUUGAGCUUCUGGCAGGAUUGUUACUUUGUACAAAACAAUAAUUGUUUGUGCAGUUUUGAAAUGAAAACCGACGUGUAUUUGUUUUGUUUUUAUAAUUAGCUGCUUAAUACAGGUCAAUUUCUCACAGAA